AUGGCGACCCCGCAGAGACAACCCUCAACGCCCAGCGACGUAACGUCCCCCGGCCUCAACGCCAGCACAGACAGCUCGGGCGAGCUCGCCGCCGUCGUCGACGACCUGCUCAACCAGCUAAACACCAAAUUCACCUCCGUCAGCAGUGAGCUCCUGUCGAAGAUGGACGACAUGUCUCGGCGGCUGGAUAGCUUGGAGGCGCAGAUCCAGGCUGGGGAUGGGAAGACAUCGGGGUCUGGCAAGUAG